AUGCUCCAGCGCGAAAAGGCCGAAGUCGUUCAGCAGAAGCCACUGAGAGAGUUGGGUUUGUGCCUCAAUACGGGGAUAUCAACGGGUUGCUCAACCAGCAACGUUGUCAUCGCCGAAGUCUGCAACGAAACGCGCGGGGCACUUCCGCUUCUUCAGGUAUGGCCCAGCGAUUCGCCCAGAGCCGAUACCGACGAACAGGCCCCGGCUUUUGUGUUCCCAGAUGUGCAGGAAAGUGUCAACGACAGCGGUAUCGAAUCCAUCCAGGCGUCGCCGUCGCCAUGCGGUGUCACCUGCAACAGUCCGGCGAUGACGCCGCAGCAAUCGCGUCGUGCCAGCCUGUUACAUCCGGAUCACGCGCGACUGCAGCAUUAUCUUCAUUACAACCACCAUAACAUGGGAGUAAAAAGUCCGCCAUCGCCGGACAAAAUGUCUUUGGAUGAGGACCACGAAGAUCGACCCGCGCCACCAAGUCCCUCCAGUUCGACCACCAGCAGUUUACGAUCGAUGCCAAGCUCGGCGAUCGUGUCAAUGCACUCACAAGACAGGAGACGUAGCAGCAGAUACAGCAUGUUCGAUGCUCUGGAUUUGGAGUAUGCUUUACUGAGAGCCGCAGCCCGCGGUUCCGUGGGUCCGUACUCCCUGUCGGAAUCCCUCCACAAGUUGACCUUCACCCAGAGUUUAGCCUUUCCUGCUCUAGCGCGUGGUCUUGCCGCCAAGCAGAGCGUGCCAAGCGGGAGGUCUCAGCAGCCGACUGAGAGCGGGCUGAACGCUUUCGCCAAAGUGGUGACCGCGAUGGUGCUGAUGCUGGUGAGCGUGCUGGUUUUCGGUGUGGUCUACAAGUUCGCUAAAACGUGAGGCUGGCUGCUGGCGCCUGGUCGAUAUCCUGAAUCGAUGCAGGAUGGCAAUCGUCUGGGUGCCGGCAACGUUUUCAGCGAUGUCUGAUGAGGCCUGAUGAAGGGUCUAAAUUUCAACCCGCCCCGC